GUGCCACUUGUCGACCAACCGCAAACGUCACCGGGGCGGUGGGCAGCGCAUCCCCAUCACACAAUUUGCGGCGCGCUUCUUUCAUCUCUUUCUCUCUUCUUUGUUUGCUUUCCCUGUAAAAGAAAAGCCACCAGUGGCAUACGGGCACGAAACGGCGUCCUCGGUAGUCGCGCUGUUCUUCGACGCUCCCUUUAAAAACUUCAACAACCCCCAAAAAGAACGCGCGCAUCCCUCCUCGCCCCGCUUUAGAAGGGACCCAUUAGACGAUACUCACACUUUCAUUCCUCCCUCCCCCCCCCCCCUGCAGGCUCCACCCUAGAAGGAGAGGAAGCGCACCUCUGCUGCACCAUUCACCAGCUCUUCUCUUCCUCAAGCUGAAGACGCAUUUCCCAUGAACCCGUACUUCUACAGCCACCACCACAUUCCACCGUCCCGCUCACCGCGUAUCAACGCGACGGCCGCAAAGCGCACUGCUGCCCACCGCGACGCCUCUUCGCCGCCGCCGCCGCCGCCGUCGUCACGUGCAUCUCAUUCAACCUCAGCCGCCGAGCCGGCACAGGGAACGGCGCAGCACGGAGGCCCUCCGCAGCACCUCCGCUCUCCUCCUGACCCAGGUAGCAGCACCACCGCCGUCACUACACCGCCAUCGCCGGCUUUGCCGGUUGGUGUGCCGCAAACAACACGUGCACAGGAAGGAAAAGCAGGUGUGUUGGCACCCCCACCUCUGCCCGCACCGCAGCCCGUGUCGUCCGCCGUUCCCUGUCUCGUCCUCUUCAGUCCGCAGGGCCCACGACCGCUGUCUGGACUCACCACUACUUCCAGCACCACCACAACGACUACGCCGAGGGCGACGCUGUCUCAUGGGGGUUCGACCGGCGGCUCCACCGGCCAUCGCGCACUCCUGCAGAACCGCUCGUCCUCCGUCAAUCGCCUGGUCGGGGGUGACAGCCCCGCGAAGGGCACCGCCGGACUGUCGCGGGGUUCUGCGCCGCCCCUCAACGGUGUCCGCUGCGUCUACGACCGCGACACCCGCUCACAGCUGCUGCACAUUGCGCCUGGGACGGAGGUGGACUUCUCCGGCUGCAUGCGGCUGCCGGUCGUCACUCGAGGGUCAGCAGGGGCAGGUGGCGGCGUGGUCGGGCACACCAUCUUAGUCGUGCAGUUUUGUGCCGCCGCGCCGGUGCUGUCGGCGGCGGAGCGACAGCGUACCCUGCCCUCGACGCUGUCGCCGCCGUAUCUUCCGCCCCCGGGAAGCGUUCACAUCGAACUGGUUGUACGCACGACGACGAACGGCAGUGGCAGCGGGAACAGUGGCCGCCACCACGAUAGCAGGAGCACCGCACUGAUGUCCCCACGCAGCAACUCCAACGCGGGCAGCACCAGCAGUAAUGCACGGGGCGGCUAUCGUCUGCGCUUCACCAACGCGGUACGCGAGGUGCAGCGGCAUGCCCAUCACACCCGCAUUCCGCUGCAGUGCGUGCGCACCGCACAGUGGGUGCAGCUCUACGUGGACGUGGACAGCGUUGUGCAGGCGUGCGGGUUGCAGGGCGGGCUCACGGCCUCGAAAGCUGCCGCGACGGCAGCCUUCCGCCUCCAUCAGCUGCGGAUUGGUGCCGGGGCAACCGCGAGUGGCGUCGGCGGUGGUGGUGGCAGCGGUGGGCUUUACGUUCGCCGCAUCGUCGCCGGGCACGGACUGCCGCUGCCACGGCACCACGGAGUCGACCACCUGCUGCACCCGGCUGGGCAGCAAAGCUUUGCAGAGGCGUCGAUGACGGUGGGCGGCGGCGGACCCGUCGCAGGUGCGGCGCCGGCCACGUGGACGCUGCCGGAGCCGCUGCGCCUGCCGGCGGAGGCGGGAGAGGUUCUCACGUUGUUUGUUCGCACCGGGGAAGAAGUUGUACUGCGUACGCCGCCGCCGCCGCCGCCACCGCUGGGGACCACGGCCGAGGAAAUCGGCCAAGAGAACCUUGCAAAGGCGGCACAGCACGCGGAACAGCCAGAGCUGCAUCCGCUGUCCGGCCAGCCACACAUACGAAGAGACUCUACGAAAUCCCAUCCGCCCUCCGCCGCCGUACCGCCCUUCUCGGGUGCGCCGCAACGCUCUUCCACACCCCCGUCUGCGCAGUUGGACGCACCGAAGGUGGCGGAGGGGCGAGGGACGUCGCGCCACCGCGAACCCCAGCCGUCGCUCGACCACACCUCACCGAGAGUGCAGCGGAAGGAAAAGCCUCGCCGACCUCACCCAACAGCUUUAGAGCUUUUGCAGGUAAACCAGAAUCAACAUCAGCAGCACCAGCAGCAGCAGCAGCAGCAGCAGUAUCCGUCGGAACACCAAGUCCAAACACGACCUCGUUCAUCUCACUUGUACGCCAACACGCCCACCAACCGCUUUACCGAAGUCGACGCACUUUCAGGGCGGUCCUCCUCCUCGUCGCCGUCCCCCUCCGAGGCAGAGGCAUUCGCAGGAGGCGGUGUGGUUGUUUCUACCCCCCGUUCUACGCUGCCAGGGGGUGUCUCUCCAUCCCCACGAUUUACACCACAAGCCCGACAGAGCCCGCGUGAGCAGCGCCACCUUUAUAAGGGAAAUAGAGGAGCGACGGGAGAAGGUGAACGCGCGCAGCAGUACGAAAGGGAGGAGGAAGAGGAAAAGGACGAAGAAUGGGUAGUGGAAGGUACUCCUGCGCGAGGCCUCGACGCGGCAGCCGUGGUGCCCUCCUCUUCCUCUCAAACGUCUGCAGCUUUUCAUCACCCCAGCGUGAAGGUGUCGACGCCCCCUGCAGAUCGCAAAGCCGCUGCCGCGGCGAAGUGGACAGCCUUUCCCUCGACGCCUUCUCCUGCGCGCGCUACGACGCAACGGCCAUCGUCCUCCUUCGACAACGUUGCGGGUGCCAGCGGUGCCACGUCGAUGGAAACAUCGUCCGUUGCCUCCGCGCCCACCACCGCCUCCACUUCCUCCUCGGCCCUCUCCUGCACUUCCGCUGCGGUGGAACUUAUGCGUGAGAUGAACGAACGCGUGCGUCGCCUGCACACCGUACUGACCAAACACCAAGGUGCCGCACCAGACCUCGACGUCCCCGCGAGGCUUCUGAGCCGCAACGCACUGACGAAGGCGACUGCUGCGCCGUCUUCCUCUUCUUCCCUUCUUGCCCUACCGCCGCCAUUACCGGCAGCACCUGCGGCUCCUCUUCUCCCUCCCCCUGCUGCAGAUCCUACGACGGACGGUGAAGGUGUCGCGGAGCACGCAGCGGCCGCAGAACCACGCGCAGGUGUGCGUCGCGCGGCGACAGCUAUGCCAGCGCUAUCCACCAAAGCACACGGGACGACCACUCCUCUCUCUCUCCUCGCCGCCAUCAUGGGAGACGCGUGGAAAGGCAACGACGCUGCCGCUGCCGCUGCUGCUGCUGCUGGCGACGCGGGAAGCGCCACAGCACUCCAUGCAGGAGCACGAAGCGAUGGCGACGACGGCACCCACGCGCCACCUCUCCCUCCUGCCACCGCUUCCGUCUCUACUGCGGCCGCUGGAGACGCAAAGGCGGUGUUGGAGCUGUGGAGCUCCGGCGAGGUGCCGCUGGCGCUGCCGCUUUUUUCCGCUCCGCCAUCUCGCCCCACUUCUCGAAGAGCAGCGCACGACGCCGCGAUAGGGAGGGAGGGCGGCCGCGCGGAAGAGGAGGAGGACGACAAUGCCCCGCUCCCUCCUCGUCCCGGCAGUGCGGUCACGUCAUGGACCUUCCGGUCCACCUCCAUCGCUCCUGCAGCCACCACCACCACCACUACCACCGCCACCGCCACGGCUUCAGAGAACGCCGCUGCGGGUCCCCCGCAUAUUAUUUCUUCAGCAGCAGCAGCUGCGGGCGCACUGCCACGUGAGGAAGCCCUUCACCGGGCACAUGUGCUGGCACGAACUCCACCCAUGUCCUCCAACACGGUGGUGGCCGGUCUUGCGCCGGCACGCGCUGCCACGAAAGCGGUGGUGUGGCGCAGGCCCGCAGCCACCGUCGAACCACCAGAAACACCGCCGCGACCACCGCAACCAGCGGCAGGGAAGAGGGCGACCCGGGACGUAGCUUCGGAUGAGGUGCGUCUUGGCGAGAGCACACCGCUGGGGCCCCGGCUGGUUCGCCCGACCGGCCCUCCCGACACGACCGCAUCGGCGGGUGGGCACGGCGGAAAGGAUGCGAAGGCCGCAGCGCCGGUGAAGAGGUGGGCUGUGCAGCGAGAGGCACCGUCACCGGCGCAGCCCCCACCCGUUCCGCUGGCCCCGACGGCGUCCGACCUGCCUACGGAGGAGUCAGCCAGGCAGACACCGCUCAGGGGAGCUGUGUUAAAGGCUCCCCGGUCUGCGCCCACGAACAAGGCCCAGAAUGCGGCGAUGACGCCGACACUUCACCCAACCGACGCUGCACCACCGAGCCAUCAGAGCUGCAGCACCGUCAGCAGCUUUCACAUGUGGCUUCCCCACCCAAUGCCCGUGUUGUCCGCCAGCCGCGCGCGCUACCCAGUCUUCACGACACCCUCUAGCGGAGGUGUGGAGGGGACGAGGAACAGCGAAGGACGCAGCCACGUUUCAUGGCCCUCUACUGCGCUGCGCAACAACGGUGAUGAUGAUGGAGCUGCUGCUGCUGCUGCUGCAGCGGAAAUGGAUGCCGCAUCGAGACGGGCGGCACCUCCUGCAGUCAGGCUCUCUGCCGCGGGGGUGGCACCGUUUGCGCAGAUGGGACUCUCCGCACGCUCGGGCGGUAAACAGUCAACGAACGCGAGAGCUGCCGCACCUUCUGCUACUGCAGCUGCAGCUUCCUCUGCUGUUCCAUUGGGUGUCCCGUUGCAGCCGGACGACGGCGGUCGGAGAGACAUGAGGGCACCUUCGCCGCGGGACGCACCGGGUGCGGUGAGGACGGGCGAUGCGCAGGGGGGCACCAACCAUUACAUCUACGACAGUGUGCUGCAGUGCUACCUGGAUUUGGCGACAAACGCCUAUGUGGAGAGCGUCCAGUGA